GUACCAUUCAUUUAGAAAUUCCCUAGUCGUAACGAGAAAAAUGGAGCGCGGCGGCAAUUUCCGCGGCGGUCGUGGCGGACGAGGCUUCGGACGUGGACGCGGCGGCGGACGAGGAAGAGGAGGAGGUAGAGGACGAGGUCGCGGCGGUGGACGCGGUGGCCGAGGCGGCGGCUUCCAGCAUUUCCAGCAGCAACAGCAGCGUCACGACGACCAAGGGUACACUCCGUACCCCCCGCAGCAGUUUGGUCCCCCGCAAGGUUACCAACAAGGAUAUCCUCCUCCUCCGCAACAAGGCUACUCUCAGCAAUAUCCUCCGCAGGAUCAGUACCAGCCACAGUAUCAGCAAUAUCAGAAGCCGCCACCGCAAUUCCAACAGCAGGGUUACGGAGACGAUGGAAGAGGUUACAACAAUGGUAACCCUCCACCGCCGCCAUUCCAGCCCAUGGACAGCUUCCAGCAGUAUCCGAAUCAGCAAUUCCAGCAGCCUCAACAGUUUCAACAGCAGCCACCACUUCCUCAGCAGCAGUUCCAGCAAUUCCAGAGCGAAAGUCCAAGAUACUCGAACAAUCCGCCGAUGCCACCAAUGCCGGCGCCUCCGCAGCCACCGACGGAUUAUGCAGAUGCAGCUAGAACAAGACAACAGGCUUACGCUCCAGUUUCUGCAGAGGACGAGGAGCCAGUGGCCCCACAGACGUCUUAUCAAGAGCCGAACCAACGUCCACAGCCUCCAUUACCCCCACAAGAUCCACGUGGCGAUUGGAACUAUGCGCCUCCUUCUCAAGAUCAGCAGUGGCAGCCUCCACCUCCGCAGGACCAGCAAUGGCAACGUCCAUCGCCACAGGAGCAAUGGCAACAGCCUCCGCCACCUCAGGACCAGUGGCAACAGCCUCCUCAGCAACAGUUUGGACCUCCAGGCUACGGACAGCAAGGACCAGGAUCAUUCCACGACCGUCGCCAGGACCGACAUGGUCACAAUCAGUUCAAGCCACACCGACCUCCCCCGUCGUCGUACGUCUGCCACAACUGCAAUCAGCCAGGCCACUGGAAACAAAACUGUCCGCUUUUCGCGAACGAGAACGAUCGCUUCGGUUCGAGACAGGAAGGCCAGUAUCAACAAGGCCAUGUCCCUGGACCAGGUCCUGAUAGGCAGUGGACUUCCGCUCCACCGCUACCUGGAACAAAGCCGCAAGACCCGAGGAGAAAUGGUGCGCCUUAUAACAACGCUCCAUCGAAUUUUGGAGUGAAAAAUGAGCCUAGCAAUCAGCCUCCUCUCCCUGCUGGUCCGGAGCCUCCGUUACCACCCAACUCGCAGCCUCCGUACGAUGAGGAGUAUGACCAACAGCAGCCUCAGCCUCUGCCUGGACAACAAGUGUGGAAGUGCGAGACAUGCGUUAAGAGUUUCGUGAUCGCGUCUCAGUACGAAGCUCACGUGGGCACGCACGUGACCUGCUCGGACUGUGAUUUCUCGGCCUCGAAGCGAGUGGUUACUGCGCACUACCAGACUGCACACGGACAGUACGCUGGUCAAGGACUGAAGGAGAUCGAUGUGGAAGGCCAGAAGUUCAUGGUGCUGGUUGGGAACUCUGCUGAGGACAUUGCUAAGUGGCGAGAAGAGCGGCGCAAGAAGUGGCUUGCCAUGUCACGACAGCCAAAGUCCACGCCGACAUCUGUAGCGGGACCAGUGACAGGGAAGCGAAAGCUGUCGGUGUCAUCUGAAGAAGACUUGGAGGAAGGCGAGAUCGAGGAGGACGAGGAAGCCAAGGCUCAGAUUGCGCUCCGGAACGCAGCUAUGAAACCUGUGGAAGCUUCGGAAGAGCCACCAGUGAAGAAGCAGCGGAAGAUGAUGCUUUGCAAGUGGUUCUCUCGUGGCCACUGCCGCUUUGACGAGGCUCAUUGUAAGUACAGCCACGACCGAUCGGCGUUCGGAUGCCGUGCGAUGAUGUACAAGGGCUCAUGUUCCAAGGGAAUGUAUUGUCCAUUCUCUCACGACACAGCAGUGCUGUCGGGACAGCGUGAACGCUCGCAGAAGGCGUCGAAGGAGCGUGCAACGGAGCAGCAGUGGCGUGGUGAGCAAAAGUCUCUGCUGCGCAAGCUGCUGGCGAAGGACGUGCGUGUUGAGCAGCGCAAGAUGCUGCAGAUUGUGCAUUUUCUGGUUGCGAACGAUUUUUUGCGUUCGUCGGAUGAGGAGAAGGGUGAUGUGAGUUGCAAGGAGCCAGCCGUGAAGGUUGAAAGUGAACAAGCUGAAGCCAGUGAGCCCAUUAAAUUGGUGUCUGAGGACGCUGUAAUGGAGGAGGCUUCGGACGCUGUGGAGACCACGAAGAGUGUGGCGGAUGACAGUGUAUUGCCUGUAGUAGAGGCAAGUGCGUGUGAACAGGAAUCUCAGCGAGUUUCCACGUCGCCAGACACGAAGAAGAAUGAUGAAGAGAAGGCUGAGGCAGCAAAGGUGGAGGAUACAGGGAAGGAUAUAUCUUCAAGUGAGCCAGUGAACCCUGAAGAGGUUACUGCGGCUGUGCCUUCAAAGGAUGUUGGACCCGAUAGUGAGGUGCCAGUAAGCCAGGCCGACACAGUAGAAGUUAGCGCGAGCGAAUCGAACGAGGCAUGUUGAGGCUACGGCCUCGUUCGUGAUCGGCUGACUCGUUGAAUAGAUUUUCACGUUAGGAACGAGGUCAAGAAGCAUAGACGAAGUGAUAUUAUCGACCUCAGAUGUUCUGGUACCGAGCAGUAGAGUUGCCAAGCAGUUCUACUCGAGCUUCUCUAGUUCGCGGAUGCGAUCGAGCAUCUCGCGCUUGGAGGUUUCUUGCACCUCUCCUCCGAGAAUGUAUUCGUCCAGCAUGGAGUAGACCUAGCGAUACAGGAGACAUUAGUUGGUUUAUAAGGUAGUAAGGACUAGAGAUCGAUAUACAGCACCUUGUUAAAGUUGAAGACGAUGUCGAGCUCGCAGACGUUGGCGAAUUGUUGAUCCAACAGCUCGACAAAGAGGU